GAAGCAUUUGUCUUCUCGGCAUCGAGACCUUUACCUGAACAUAAUGACAUGUAAAAGAAGGAGGACUGCAUGAGCUCCGCUGCGGUCAAAUACUCGGCGAGAAGCAGUCCGUGUGGGGAGACAGAGGGCAUGACGACACUGAGGACAGGCGAGAUGUGGAAGCACUUGCCUAAUUUGCCUGCACAAACAUCUCCUUGACAGCAGCUAUUGGUCAAUUCCACCGUUGAACAGGUUGAACAGGCGUGCAGCUGCCCGCCAUCGUACUUCCCAAAUUAUACGGCCUCAUGACCGUAGUGCGGGGCAUUUUACUUCUUCUCAUCAACUGAACGCGGGGCAUAUAUCUUUCGCUCACCACAACCUCACCCUAAUCAUCCGCAUCACCACGAUACCCUCCGGUAUAUGAAUACCUUCUUUUACGAUCUGCCGGUCCCAGAGGUCACCUUUACGACAAGAUACCUGCCCUAGAACCGGAGGCUACCAUCCAAAAUGGCCGGCCCUGUCCCCGUCGCCAGCUCUCUGAGCGACAUCUACACCGUUGAUGCCAUCGGCACUCAAGCAAAGAGAUGGAACAACCUCCUCGCUCGCUUCCAGACCAUCUAUGGCCAGCCAGCCGAGUUCGUGGCUAGAUCACCCGGCAGAGUGAACAUCAUCGGCGAGCACAUCGACUACUCUCUCUACCCCGUCCUCCCCAUGGCCAUCACUGCCGACUCACUCCUUGCUGUAUCAACCAACGUUGCCUCUACCAACACCAAGGAAGGCCACUACAAGAUCAAGAUCGCCAAUGUUCAAGACGCCAAAUUCCCCGCUCACGAGUUUGACAUUCCCUAUGAAGCCGUGGAUAUCGAUGCUACUGUUCACGAGUGGACCAACUACUUCAAGUCUGGCCUCAGGGGUGCUUUGGAGCUGCUGCGCAAGAAGCACGGCAAUGACUUCGAGCCAAAGAGCAUGCAAAUCUUGAUGGAUGGGACAGUUCCGGCGGGUGGUGGCUUGAGCUCCAGCGCUGCGUUUGUGAGCUCGAGUGCUCUGGCUGUCAUGGUGGCCAAUGGUGAGAAGACUGUGGACAAGACUGAGUUGACUGAGCUGGCUAUUGUGAGCGAGCGGGCUGUUGGUGUCAACUCGGGCGGAAUGGACCAAUCCGCCUCCGUCUUCUCAGAACGCGGCUCAGCCCUCUUCGUCUCCUUCACUCCCUCCCUCAAAGCCCGCCCGGUCUCGUUCCCCAAGACUAACCCCGAACUCACCUUCCUCAUCGCCCAAUCCUUCGUCACAGCCGACAAGUUCGUCACUGGCCCUGUCCACUACAACCUCCGGGUGGUAGAAUGCUCUCUCGCCGCUGCCUACCUCAACGCCGUUCUCAACCCCCCCGGAACUCAACUCCCAUCUGACGCCAGCCCGCUCUCGGUCAGUCUUCACGGCUUUCACGAAACGUACUUUGCCCUCCAAGAGCACUCUUCUGGCGCGACAAAGUCCAAGUCGACCGAGUCCCAACUUGAAGAAUUGGUUGCUCUCACAGCAGAAAAGCUCGACAAGAGGGACGGCUACACCCGCGAGGAGAUCGCCGCCGUCCUUAACAUCUCAGUCGAUGAACUCAACAAGAAAUUCACCUCUCGCUUCCCCGUCCGUGCGGAGAAGUUCAAGUUGAGACAGAGAGCCCUCCACGUGUUUAGCGAAGCGUUAAGGGUGCUAAAGUUUAUGUCCUUGCUUGAGCAGCAACCGACAAACACGGAUGACACAUCAGAGUACAAUGCCCAAUUAGGCGACCUGCUCAACCAAACCCAGGACUCGUGCCGGGAUGUCUACGAGUGCAGCUGCAAGGAGAUUGACGAGCUGUGUUCUAUCGCGAGAAAGGCGGGGAGCUAUGGGAGUAGACUGACGGGUGCUGGGUGGGGUGGUUGUUCGGUCCAUCUCGUUCCUGCUGGCAAGGUCAAGGCUGUGAGGGAGGCGUGGGAGAGGGAGUAUUACAGCAAGUUGGACUUGAGCGAGGAGCAGAAGGAGGCUGCGGUGGUCGUGAGUAAACCGGGGAGUGGGAGCGCGGUUUACUUGGUGGACGAUAAGCCCGGGCCGGUGGUGGUGGAUGAUAGGGAUAGGGGUAGUGAGGUGUAUUGAGAUGGUUGGGGCUUGGGAUACCUAGAGAAUUCAUGAACUGAGAAUUAGUUGAAACAUUUUUUGUUCAAUUGCCUUUGGGUUUCCAUUUCACUUUCAGUGAACCUAUUCUGGAAGCUGUCUUUUCUGUCUGUCCACCCUCUCGUAAUUCUCUCAACAAAAAUAGUCUAAUGCAGUUACGCUGUUCAUAAGCCCAACCUAGGUAACCCCAUCCCAACCGCCAAAUCACCUAACUUUCCAGUCAGUAAUACAAAAUAUAGUCUCAUUACAAAUAAUCUA